AUGUUGCAAGAUAUUGCCCUCGUGGUUAUCAAAAUAGUCACACACUCUGUGUACAGCGAAGUUCUGUCUGGUAUCAUUGCAUCAUGGCUAUGUUGGAGGUUGUGGACCUUCACGGUGCUACCUGUAUUUCAACCGGAUGCUCCUAAAGAACUACCAUACUUGAUUCCAUUCCUAGGACAUGCUCGAUCAUUCAUCGGAAAUUCCGAGGAUUUGAUUAACCGUGGAAAACAAUACUUUAACAAUAAUGGAGAACCAUUUGCCAUCACUGUCGGAGAAAAAACACUAUACAUCCUCACCGAGCCCGAACACGUCAACGAAGUCUACAAGAACAACACCACUCUAUCAUGGGACGCGAUGCUAAACGACCUCCUCAUUGGAUUCGGCAUCAACCCAUCCAUCAUCGACACCCUCUGGAAAAAGAUGCCCAUCGAGAUCGCCCGCCAGAGUCGCCCAGAUGUCGACCCCGCCAAAGUCCCCCCCCAUCUCGACACCAUCAACGCAUCUCUAACCAGAUCGAUCGAUCGCCACCUAAAAUGGAGCCACCUAAAAGCGCGCUACCCCAGCCUCUGCACCACCAGAGACAGCAUCCGACACCUAUCCCUCUCACAAUUCUGCUCCGACGUACUAGUCGGAGCCGUCACACGGACCUUUUUCGGCGAAAAGAUCUACGACAUCGAACCCGGCUUGACCGAGGCCCUCCAAGAUUUCAACACCGAUGCCUGGAUGUUAGUCUUCCAAUAUCCGCACGGGAAGAAUAGUAGGAUCAGCAAAGCGCGACGAAAGAUCUUGAAAGCCUUUGAUCGAACAUCCCGACUCCCGAUUUCCGAACGCGAUGAUCAGGCUUGGUUGAUCAAGACCUGUAUGAGCGAGCUCGAGGCAAACGGAGUAGGUCAUGAAGAUCGAGCUGCCCUAGCCCUAAUGAUUUAUUGGGCCCUAACCCUCUACAGCGCCAACAUCAACCCCUACAAACUCGGUUUCUGGAUGCUAACCUACAUCCUAUCCGACCCCACCCUACACGCCCAACUCCUCGCGGAAACCCGCCCCGCCUUCACCCACACCCACACCCAAACCGACCCCAACAACCCCCAACAACCCCAAACCCAAAUCAACAUCCCCCACCUCCUAACCCAAACCCUCACCCCCCUCCUCCACUCCACCUACCUCGAAACCCUCCGCAUAACCUCCGGCUCCCUCUCCGCCCGCAAAAUCACCCACCCCACCCCCAUCAGCAGCAAGAUCCUCUCUCCCCCCCACACCAUCCUGCUCGCUUUCCGGCAACUACAAAUGGACACACGAGCCUUCGGAUCUUACCCCACGCACUUCGACGCCACACGAUUCCUCCGCGAUAAAUCCCUCGCUUCUUCUCUAAACUUCAAACCCUUCGGAGGCGGCGUGAAUUAUUGUCCGGGCCGAUUUUUUGCCCAGCAGGAAAUGUUUGUAUUUGUGGCGUCGGUCAUUAAUAAGUUUGAGUCCGGUGGUGGGGAUGAGGUUUAUAUUGAUUUGAAGAGGCGAGAGGAUUUUUAA